UGACACAUUCAAGCCAUGUCUUGGACCGCUUCAGUUUUCUGGAGGACUUCCACCACUAGCAUGAAGUUUCUGCGUCUGCGCUGGCCUCUCCCCAGAAUUCCCCAGAAUAAAUCGGCAAGCGUUGCGCCGCGUUUCAGAAGCAAAUCAGCAGUCAGCCAGCUCUCAUCUGGAUUUAAAUUUGUGCAGAUCCGCAAAAGUACUUGUGACAGCAACGAGAUGACCAUCAAAGCGAUCAAGGCCCGUCAGAUCUACGACUCCCGUGGCAACCCCACCGUGGAGGUCGACCUGACCACCGAGCUGGGACUCUUCCGCGCCGCCGUGCCCUCCGGCGCCUCCACCGGCGUCCACGAGGCCCUGGAGCUGCGCGACAACGACAAGGCCAACUACCAUGGCAAGUCGGUGCUGAAGGCCGUGGGCCAUGUGAACGACACCCUGGGCCCCGAGCUGAUCAAGGCCAAUCUGGAUGUGGUUGACCAAGCGUCCAUCGACAACUUCAUGAUCAAGUUGGACGGCACAGAGAACAAGAGCAAGUUCGGAGCCAACGCCAUCCUGGGCGUUUCCCUGGCCGUGGCCAAGGCCGGAGCCGCCAAGAAGGGCGUGCCCCUGUACAAACACAUUGCCGAUCUGGCUGGCAACAAGGAGAUCAUCCUGCCGGUUCCCGCUUUCAACGUGAUCAACGGCGGCAGCCACGCCGGCAACAAGCUGGCCAUGCAGGAGUUCAUGAUCCUGCCCACCGGCGCCACCAGCUUCACAGAGGCCAUGAAGAUGGGCUCCGAGGUGUACCACCACCUGAAGAACGUGAUCAAGGCCAAGUUCGGUCUGGACGCCACCGCCGUGGGCGAUGAGGGCGGCUUCGCCCCCAACAUCCAGUCCAACAAGGAGGCUCUGAACCUGAUCAGCGAUGCCAUCGCCAAGGCCGGAUACACCGGCAAGAUUGAGAUCGGCAUGGACGUGGCCGCCUCUGAGUUCUACAGGGAUGGCCAGUACGAUCUGGACUUCAAGAACGAGAAGAGCGACAAGUCCCAGUGGCUGGCCGCCGACAAGCUGGCCGACCUGUACCAGGAGUUCAUCAAGGACUUCCCCAUCGUCUCGAUUGAGGAUCCCUUCGACCAGGACCACUGGGAGGCCUGGUCCAACCUGACCGGCUGCACCGAUAUCCAGAUCGUGGGCGAUGAUCUGACCGUGACCAACCCCAAGCGCAUUGCCACCGCCGUGGAGAAGAAGGCCUGCAACUGCCUGCUCCUGAAGGUCAACCAGAUCGGCACCGUGACCGAGUCCAUUGCCGCCCAUCUGCUGGCCAAGAAGAACGGCUGGGGCACCAUGGUCUCCCACCGUUCCGGCGAGACCGAGGACUCGUUCAUCGGUGACCUGGUCGUCGGUCUGUCCACCGGCCAGAUCAAGACCGGAGCUCCUUGCCGCUCGGAGCGUCUGGCCAAGUACAACCAGAUCCUGCGCAUCGAGGAGGAGAUCGGCGCUGGUGUCAAGUUUGCCGGCAAGUCGUUCAGGAAGCCGCAGUAAGCGCAGGCCACUUCGAAAUUCCAACCACACCACCAGCCCCAUCGAAUGAGAUCUGGAUCUUGGAGAGGGAGCUGGACGCAGUAGAUCCAUGGAAAGGCGGCGGUGCACGUGUUCGUCAACCUUUUACGUUCGGAACUUGUGUCUGGCGCACAAAUACAUCAGAAUUAAACUACCAAACCCAUUUGCUGUCUCUAUGCUUCGUUCUUAGACAUUAUUAUUAAUGGUAAACCUUGAUCUAAUCAUUAUUUAUAAACAAAAGCCUAAAAACACUAUGUGCAAGAUAUUCGUUCAGUUGCCGAGAGCUUUGAAUAUCUUCAAUGUAAUCGCUGUAAUCGUUUUGAAAUUAUAAAUUGAUCUACACAAACACCAAAUCCACAAACAGACAGUUAUUCACUUCAAAAACGGUUAGAAAACAAUUGUUGAGACAUAGAAUUUAAGCGAAAGCUGUUGAAAUAUUCUCAUCGAAUAUACACGGUGUUCAAUAGAGAUCUUAAUCAGAUGGAAUAGUACACCAAAUAUUAAACAUAUUCAGAUUUGUUAGUUGAUGUGAAAUAAAAAGUAUAAAAGUUACCGAA